AUAAUAUAAAAAAUAUAAUAAUGAUUAAAUUAUUUGCUUAGAAGGUGCUCCAAUUACAAUUUUAACCUCUCUAUGAAUUUAAUAGAUUUGCCGACAAAUUACAAAAGAAACAACAAGACAAUUAGAAAUAAGAAUUCAAAAAAGAGUUGGAAUUUCUCGCUAGCAAAGUAUAUUCACAAUUGCACGUAGCCACAAUUUACGCUUAUCGAUUUUAGACAAAGAGCACUCGAUGGGUUGCACAAAUUAAAAAAGGGAUUCAAGUAUUAAAUCUCUUCAGGAAAUGAGGAGACUGAAUAGCAACUGACACUUUAGAAGCAAGUCUUAAAUGCCAUGUUUGACGAGGAAUUGUUGAACCCAGAUGAUUUGAGUGGAGAUGUAUGUGUAUACUAAUGACAAGUAAAAAAAAGAAAUAGCUAUGGUUGCCUAAGUGGAAGUGCAAUAAGUGAAUUUCGUGUUGAGUCAAUAUAGUCAGAUAAGGAACAUGCAUUCAUGGGUGAGGAACAUGAAGGAAAGAGGAGAACCUAUGCCUGAUAACCAAGAAGACAUGAUGUACAGGUACAAGAGGGACAAGCCAAUAAAGAAAUCUUUCAUCAAAUUUGAAAUGAAGAGACAAAAUUUCUCAAUGAAACAAAGGUUAUAAAAGUUGAAAUGGGGUCCUCGUAAGGAAGUGUGAUAUUUGAAAUG